AUGGUCACAUUGUUGGUGGCUAACCCGAUAUGCGCAACAGGUUUCAUCCCCAAGGAUAUCGCCAAGAACGCGCACCUGCUGGAUCCGAGCCAGAGGCCAGCCUACCUCCUGGUCAUGAUCCAGGAAUGGCUGAAUGUUGUUUUCGACCUGUUGGUCAUGGUGAUGGCAGCGGUCCUGACCACUCUCGCCGCCCGGCUCCACUCCAGCGCCGGCUUUGCCGGUGCCUCGUUGGUCACCCUGCUGAGUCUUGGGGAGAACCUGUCCGGAUUCGUCAUCUGGUUUACCAGGCUCGAGACUUCGAUCGGGGCGAUUGCCAGACUCAAAAACUUCAACGAGACGGUCGACCCCGAAGAGAGAGUCGACGAGGAUAUCUUCCAUGCCGCCUCCUGGCCGCAGCAUGGCGCAGUCGAGUUUGAGGGUGUCUCGGCGAGCUACCGUGCGGACAGCCAAGACGGAAACCAAGAUGACAACGACCUUUCCAACUUGGCCCUCCGCGACAUUCGCCUGGCCAUCCAACCAGGGAAUAAGGUUGCCAUCUGCGGCCGCACGAGCAGUGGCGAGUCCAGCCUCACCGCCCUGCUCCUCAAACUCCUCGACCCCCUGCCGACGAAGCCGGGGCGCGUGAAUGUGGACGGGACAACGCUCCGCCAGCGCUUCAUCGCGGUGCCCCAAGAAGCCGUCUUCCUGCCGGACGGAACCAGCUUCCGUGCCAACUUGGACCCAGCAGGCGAGUCGGCGGCGGAGGAAUGCGAGGCCGUCAUCGCGGCCAUGGGCAUGUCGAGCGGCGGCGGGAUCCUGCUGCUCGACGAGGUGAGCUCGAGCGUGGACGUGGACAUGGAGCGGGCGAUGCAGAAGACGAUCCAGGCCGAGUUUGAGUGCUACACGGUGAUCGCCGUCAGCCACCGGCUCGACAUGAUCAUAGGCUUUUACCGCGUCGUCGUCAUGGACAAGGGCGAGAUUGUCGAGGUCGGGCAGCCGAGGGCACUGGCGGGCACGGCGGGGACGCGGCUCGGCGGGCUGGUGAACUCGGGGGCCGGGUGA